AUGAACUCACAUCUUAGUAUCUCUUCACAAACAACACAAACGUCGUCGGUGUUUUCCGGCGAGGAAGACGGAUUCGAUGCCAAAAUCAAGGAAAUUGAAGAUUACUACAUGCGUACGCUGCUGGAUGAAGAACCCGGGUCUGGUUUGGGUUCCGUUUCAGCUUUAACUCCAGUGUGGAAGCAGCACCAAAAGCAACAGCAGAACAAAACAUGGGUGCAGCGGAGCGGGCAAGUAAACUUGCCCGCUGCUGCACCACAACUGGAAGUGGAAAUUAAUCCACAGUAUAUGCCUGCUACGGGCGUGUUACCAUUGACAAGUGAAAACCUGAAACUGCUGCAGAACCCAAAACUCGCUCCACAACGUCCAGAGUGUUUGAAAACACCAACCGCUCCUGAAAAAUGUAACAAGACUCUGUACAAGACAGAACUGUGCGAGUCGUUUUCCACUACAGGCAAUUGUCGAUACGGGUCCAAUUGCCAAUUUGCACACGGGCUGCAGGAACUCAAGUUCAAAGAGCGUAACAACAAGUUCAGAACCAAACCGUGCGUAAACUGGCUCAAAACGGGCUCUUGUCCUUACGGCCAGCGUUGCUGCUUCAAACACGGCAAUGACGUUGACAUCAAAGUGUACUUGCAGGCAGGUCACAUCCCACAUCAGCAUCACCACCACCACCAACAAAAUCGUUCCCAAAACGAUGCGCCGGAACGCAGAAACCACCACGCCAACGUCCAGGCUUUGCAAAAAAUGGCAUGGUAG